AUGGGAGGUAUAAUCGCUGUGCAAUUUAAAGAUCACGUGAUGUUGUGCGCUGACGUUAAAAAUACAUCAGCAAGUGCAUUUGUUCUACCAGGAAGGGCAAACAUUUACGAGCUUGACAAACAUCUAUUACUGGCAGCGGAAGGCGAUCCAUCAGAUAUCGAACAACUGGUCAAUCAUAUUAAGCUGACUAUCAAUCUAUUUAGAAUAAAACACGGAUACAGCUUAAGUUUUAAAGGAAUAAUUAAUAUAGCAACUGAUGCAUUAUCGACUCCUGAACAUACAAAUCCUCUGUUUGCCGAUCCUAUAAUUGUUGGAUACGAUAAAGAUUUGGGGCCACAAGUAUACUUAUUAAACUUUAUGGGUUUAUCGUUGAAAACUAAAUACUGUUUUCAUGGAUGCGGAGAAAUGACGAUGCCUAUUGUAGAUCUACAUUAUAGGCCAAAUAUGACAAUCUCGGAAAGCUAUGAACUCAUUAGAAAAUGUGUUAGACAUAUUAUUAAUCGACACGCGUUAAGAUACCCAGAAUUUUGCGUAUAUCUAAUUAAUAAAGAUGGAUGGGCAAGUUUGCCAGAUAUAUCAAUGUAUUCGCUUUUUACUUCGAAAGAUUGA